AUGAAUGUGUGCUCUGUGUUCCAGCCCUUCUGUCGUUUGUAUGAAUGUGUGACGUCUGUGUUCCAGCCCUUCUGUCGUUUGUAUGAAUGUGUGACGUCUGUGUUCCAGCCCUUCUGUCGUUUGUAUGAAUGUGUGACCUCUGUGUUCCAGCCCUUCUGUCGUUUGUAUGAAUGUGUGACGUCUGUGUUCCAGCCCUUCUGUCGUUUGUAUGAAUGUGUGACCUCUGUGUUCCAGCCCUUCUGUCGUUUGUAUGAAUGUGUGACGUCUGUGUUCCAGCCCUUCUGUCGUUUGUAUGAAUGUGUGACCUCUGUGUUCCAGCCCUUCUGUCGUUUGUAUGAAUGUGUGACGUCUGUGUUCCAGCCCUUCUGUCGUUUGUAUGAAUGUGUGACCUCUGUGUUCCAGCCCUUCUGUCGUUUGUAUGAAUGUCCCUUCUGUCGUUUGUAUGAAUGUGUGACCUCUGUGUUCCAGCCCUUCUGUCGUUUGUAUGAAUGUGUGACGUCUGUGUUCCAGCCCUUCUGUCGUUUGUAUGAAUGUGUGACGUCUGUGUUCCAGCCCUUCUGUCGUUUGUAUGAAUGUGUGACGUCUGUGUUCCAGCCCUUCUGUCGUUUGUAUGAAUGUGUGACCUCUGUGUUCCAGCCCUUCUGUCGUUUGUAUGAAUGUGUGACCUCUGUGUUCCAGCCCUUCUGUCGUUUGUAUGAAUGUGUGACCUCUGUGUUCCAGCCCUUCUGUCGUUUGUAUGAAUGUGUGACCUCUGUGUUCCAGCCCUUCUGUCGUUUGUAUGACUGUGUGACCUCUGUGUUCCAGCCCUUCUGUCGUUUCCCUUCUGUCGUGGGUGAGCUGGCCAACAAGAUGCUCGGCUUCAAUCUGACGACAAAGCAGACGCCAAAGGAAGGAGUCAAAGUCAAAACGGUGAUGGUCGCUGAGGCUCUGGACAUUAGCAGAGAGACCUAUUUUGCCAUUUUGAUGGACCGCUCCUGUAACGGGCCUGUGAUGGUGGGAAGUCCCCAGGGAGGCGUGGACAUUGAAGAAGUAGCUGCUCAAACCCCAGAACUCAUCUUCAAGGAAGUCAUCGAUAUAUUUCAAGGAGUUCAGGACGAGCAGGCACUUCGCAUGGCAGCUAACCUAGGGUUCAAAGGACCCCUGCAGCGACAGGCUGCGGAUCAGAUUAAGAACCUUUACGAUCUGUUCCUGAAAGUCGACGCAACACAAGUGGAAGUGAAUCCUUUUGGAGAGACUCCCCAAGGACAAGUGGUUUGCUUCGAUGCCAAAAUCAACUUUGACGAUAACGCAAAGUUCCGUCAGAAGGCGGUGUUUGCGAUGGACGACAUGAGUGAGAGCGACCCCACCGAGACGCACGCCGCCAAGUGGGACCUCAAGUACAUCGGCCUCGACGGGAAUAUCGCCUGUUUUGUGAACGGAGCGGGGUUAGCCAUGGCCACGUGCGACAUCAUCGACCUGCAUGGAGGAAAACCAGCCAACUUCCUGGACUUGGGGGGCGGAGUCAAAGAGAGGCAGGUGUACGAGGCGUUCAAACUCCUCACCGCAGAUCCAAAGGAGCGCUUUGUCAUCGCCACACCUGGUUCGCACCAUGGGGCCAGGGGGAGCAGCCAGCGAUCAGGUAGGGCCUUCGGAAGCCACAAUGAGGCGGCUGCGUGUGAUUGA